CUACGCCGGGAAAGGGCGUUUCACUACGCUCGUUUGUCGUUGCAGUUUAUGCUGCUGCAAAAGCUCUCUUACGGCUAACAGGCAGAAAGAUCUACUGACAGGACCUAUCUCACAAGUUACGCCCGAGUGUUGCGUUUAGCGCUACCGUUGCCGGUUUAAAGUUGGAGAUGGAUAGGCUCUCAGUGUCGACUAGUGCGACGAUAGUUUUUCUGUCUUUAAUUGGAGUGCUAUUUGGACAGAGGACUUGUACCACCACUCAAGUCAGCUACCAGACCACAUCGUCAGUGGGCUACUACUCAGAGCCCUACUCCCAGAACUACGGCUGUGGAUUUUGGGAUUGGUCGCGCUGCAGUCGCACAAGAUACAGGUCGAGAACAAGAGCUGUGUAUCGACAAACCGCAGUAUAUCGUACUGUAUGCUGCUCUGGCUAUACUGGGAGCCGCUGUGAAGCUGUGUGUUCUCCAUCUUGCCGAAAUGGAGGGACCUGUUCAUCGCCAAACUCAUGCUCAUGUCAAAGUGGAUGGACUGGAAGCAUAUGCACUCUCCCCGUUUGUCCAUUUGGGUGUGCAAAUGGUGGGACCUGUACAAGACCCAGAGUAUGUUCUUGCCGGAGUGGAUGGACUGGAGCGACUUGCAGUCAGCCUGUUUGCAAUCCAAGUUGUGAGAACGGUGGAACGUGCACAUCGCCCAAUACGUGUACAUGCCAGAAUGGAUGGAGUGGAGACUCAUGCAAUAAUGCCGUCUGCCCUUCUGGGUGUGCAAAUGGUGGGACCUGUACAAGACCCAGAGUAUGUUCUUGCCAGAGUGGAUGGACUGGAGCGACUUGCAGUCAGCGUAUGUUGAUUCUCAUUUCAAUGGUUGAAUGACUAUAGCUAACAUGAUUUUUCAGCUGUCUGCACUCCAAGUUGUGAGAACGGUGGAACAUGCACAUCACCCAAUACGUGUACAUGCCAGAAUGGAUGGAGUGGAGACUCAUGCAAUAAUGAUAUCAAUGAAUGUGCUGUUGACAAUGGUGGGUGUCAUCAUACGUGCCACAACACAGCUGGAAGUUUUGAGUGCAGAUGUAACUCUGGGUACUCUCUGGCAUCAGAUGGUAGAACAUGCAAUGAGCCACCAGCUGUGCCCAGGAAUAUAGUAGUGUCGAAUGUGGGAAAACGGACUGCCACAGUGUCGUGGGUUCCACCACCCAACACCUUCCCCAACCAACUCACUGCUGUGUCCGCCUACCGCAUCUGUGCAUCACAGAACCAAUUCCAGGAGGGAAACCGUGUCGUCACUGCAGGACAACAGUCUCGAAUGUAUGAGUUCACGAACCUUGAAGAGUAUACAGCAUACUUCUUCCAUGUGGCAGCCUUUAAUUCGUUUGGAGAAGGAGCUUCAAAUGAUCCGAUAGAGGCUACCACUCUUGAAGCAGCUCCAUCAGCUGCCCCACUUGCAGUCCAGGCAUUUCCCAACAGCUCCUACAACAUCACCAUCUUAUGGUCCCCACCCCCCGAAAUUGACAGAAAUGGUGUGAUAAUCUACUACGAGAUUCAACUAACAGAGACAGAGAAUGGAACUGAAUUUCAAUGGACAUCUCCUGAACUCACUACAACACGUGGUUCACUUCAUCCCCACUUUCACUAUGAGUUUAGAGUUGCAGCCCAUACUUCCAUUGGAACAGGGCCUUUCUCUGCUGUUGAAACCGUUCAAACUUUGCCAGCAGCUCCUACAGCAGCACCUACACAACUGAGAGUUUCAAACUUUGACUCGUCCACGAUUGCACUAGUCUGGGAGCCUCCGCCAUUUACUGAUCGAAACGGAGACAUUGUCCGCUAUCAUAUCAGAGUUACUGAGCAAGAAACGCAGACUAUAUUUGAGUACAGCAGUACAAGUCAACACUACACUCUGACUUCUUUGCAUCCGUACUACAACUACGUCAUAUCCAUUGCUGCAGAGACAGUUGGAGUGGGUCCAUUUACUACUGGUUUGCUUCAACCAACUAUGGAGUCAGUUCCUAGCAGUGCCCCAGGAAACUUUUCCAUGGCCGUUGUUAAUUCAACCUCCAUUUUACUGUCUUGGAGUGAGCUACCACUGCCGGAGAGAAACGGUGUUGUUCAGGGCUACACCAUUUGUCUCACAAAUGUUAGAAACGGAAGAGAUACUGAUUAUAGUGCUGUCUCGGGGCCAUACAGCAUUGUAAAUCUUCAUCCCGAUUUCACUUACCGUGCUGAAGUUGCUGCAGUUACAGUGGUUGGUGCUGGUCCUUUUUCUUCUCAGAUUGAAGUAAGACUGCCAGAAGCAGCUCCCAGCGGACCACCUACACAUUUCUCAGUUGAUGAAUUAUCGCCUCGUUCAAUUACUUUGAAAUGGGGGUAUCCACUUGAGGAAGAUAGAAAUGGAGUCAUUUCUGGUUUCAGAGUACGUUUCAUCUCAAACAAUUUUACAGAUCUUGAAGUUGAAAAUGCUACAAUAACCAUUGAAGAAGUGAAGCCAUUUACACUUUACUAUGCUGAAGUAGCAGCUUUUACGAUGGUGGGCAUAGGACCAUACACUGUGAGAAUACGUGUCCUUACGCCCGAAGAUGUUCCAAGCCCUGUCAGCACGACGAUGUUGGAAGCCAUACAAGGAAGUCCUACUCAGUUAACGGUGCAGUGGAGGCCUCCGGAGGAACCAAAUGGAGAGCUGCUAGCGUACAGCGUGUGCUGCAGGGAGUCGACCCAGCAGCCACUGUGUGACUGUGACUCUGCCAUCAGUGUCAGCUCGACAUCAUGUCCCUGUGGAGACUUGGAACAGGAUACCUCCUAUCAUCUACAAGCUAUGUUCCCAGUGGGUUUGCCUCACGUGAAGGUCAUAGGAGGAUUCUCGCCAUACACCAACUAUACCUGCUUCAUGACGGCUAAUACUUCCGCUGGGGAAAGCAGUCCAGGCAUUCCCCACUCAUCCACUACUGACGAGUCAACCCCCGCAGAUGAGCCGCAAGAUAUAAUGGUGAAUUCCUUGAAUUCCACGGCUAUACUAAUCCAAUGGAGUCCUCCACACAUUCCAAAUGGCAUCAUCCUCUUUUACACCAUCUACAUCAACGAUAGUAUUACAUUCAAUAUCAUUGCUGCCUACCAAAACUCGUUCAUGUUUGGUUGGCUUUCUCCGUAUCAGCUGCUCAAUGUACGACUGUCUGCCAGUACUAAGGUCGGAGAAGGGCCUCUGACUGAGUCUCAAAGUGUUACCACUGAUGAGUCAGUGCCCGGUGCAGUAGAUAAUCUGGAGGUCCUUGUAUUGAAUGAUAGACCUUCCACAUCUCUUGGACCUCCACUGUCUCCAAUGGAGUACUGACUGGAUAUCAAGUUGUGGUCACCAAUAGAUGAAUUCCAGCGAAACGAAGUUGGACUGUGGUCGCUGCUAAUGUUACAGAGCUGAAUACUACAAGUGUAUCCCCCACUAUGUUGAUACAGUGUCGAGUGAUGGCCUCUACUAAGUGUGGGAGCUGGAGACUCAGUAAGUGAUAGAGUAUGCCAAGGAGGAAGUUUCCAGGAAGCUCUCCCUUAUACUAUCAACAAGCACUCGUAUCUCAGGGUCCCCACUGGUAGUGUGGAGUGGUGAUAUGAGCUCGUAUGACCUGAGAGGGUGCUGGUGUCCUAUGAGAUUGCUACCAGAGUGUGAGAUCUGGCCAGUGUCCCGCAGUCACUCCACCACCAUGACACUGUGUCUAUUACGCAGGAGAUGUUGGAGUGACUGGUUUAAGACUGGACUCAGUAUCUGUGUGUGGGUAGCUGGGACGACCAGUCCCGGGGUUUGACCUUCUCAUACACUCUCGUUAUUUCCAUGGUACGUCACACUAUUUUCACCAACCUGUCCCUCGAGAGGCAAAACUGCUCAAAUGGAUCAAAGGGGCUGGAUGAAUAGUAGCGGACUGAGCUAGAGACAUAAUGCAGAAUAGAACUUGUCUGCCGCUGCGAAUUCCCCAGUGACUACAUUGCAGAUAGACAAGCUGAAGUGUAUGAACCAGCGCCUCGUAUUUCCGGGCAGGAUUGUGAGCACUCACACAUCAGUGAAGGCACUGAUCUUCUGGCAGACCUUACAAUGUGGAGUAUCACCUGAACCAACUGUGACAGCUAACGGUGAAGAACUACACGUUAUGAGAACAGUAAUGAGCCUACAGAGAAAGCUAGAGCAGAACAUAAAGAAGAUUAGUGAUUCCGAACAGUUUUCCCAUGUGGACUGCUCUGCUCCAGUGGGAGGUGUGUGUGGUUUUAUAGUUGUUAUACUGGCUGUGGCUACUGGAACUGGUUGUGGCCGGCCGUGCGAGACAAAAGACAAAUCAUCGUUGUUACGGCAGCCAGACUUCUGUUGCUGGCUGCUGCCAUGGCCAAUGAGAAUGCGAUCGCUAUUCCUACAUCACUCCUGGAUGAAAAUCAUGAUUGCCCUUCGAAGGAACAUUCCAUGUGAAGUUGAGAAGCCAGGAAGGAGGAGAGUAUCGAUUAUGACUUGCCUGUAGUCCGAGGAUGAAUGUGUCAUGAGGAUCCGGACGAGUUGAUGGAGACCACCGUGGAGGGGACCUGGCAUUUGCACCCAUGUAUCACGUAGUAGCACCUGAACAGGUGAUGGUAGCGAGUGAGCGACUGAGGAAGAAGAGAUGUAACAGCGAGAUUAAAGACUGAAAGA